CAAUUUCCAAGGCAACUGACGCGUUUUAAAAUACAAAAUUAUUGAACAUAUUGAGUCGAAGCCAUUACAGUAUUACAGAAUACAUCGGUUAGUUCUAAGAUUUCUUAAUAGUAAUAUUUAGAUGGCUUUUUCAGCUUAUUAUGUGUUUUUUCUUCUUUCUCAUCUUUUGCUGUAUUCCUUGGCUCAAGAAGAAAAGAGGUUUAAUCCAAGGUGUCCUCCUUUUGAUUGUGGUUAUCUUGGCAAUAUUGGCUUCCCCUUCUCCAAUCGAACGCAUCCGGAGUGUGGGUUGCUGGUUGUAGAUAACUGCACUGAAAAUGUUCACAAGAUUCGGUUGGGGAAGGAUGGCCAGUGGUUCAGUAUCAGAGGCAUCUCUCAGGAUAAUAUGGUCCUGCUUUAUGACCGUCCUCGUGAAGAACACGCGAAAUAUUGUAGCCCCAAAAGAUCCUUAAAACAUUUGAGUCUCCCCCUCUCUCCUUUUCUAUCUCUUAACGUGCCCUACAAUCAAUCCCUGUACGAUUGCCCCCGCAAUUACAAAGCCCCCAACAUUUCCAGUUUUGCCUGCACUAAUCCCCGACACUCCUAUAUCUACUAUAGUUACCCUGGUAAAACUUUGCCACCUCCCUCUAACUGCACAGUUAUUAAUUUCCAAGUGAAUAGGACUCAAACAAGUGUUGAAUAUUCUGAUUUGUUUAUGGGUGAAUUCAUUCUGGAAGUGAAUGUAGCAAAUGAAUGUGUUGAUUGUUUUUUGGCUGGAGGGCAAUGUCAAACUGAUAAUGAGGGACAGUUCGAUUGUUCUGUAAAGGAAAGAACAGGCCAAGAAGGAGAAGAUAAAAAAUUGGGGCUGAAGCUAGGCUUAGGACUGGCCGUAUCAGCCACUGCAACUGGUAUAUUUAUAGUUUUGGUCUUUUGCUCCUGGAGAAAAUCGUCACCACAUAAUGCCAUGCUCUUUUGCAAGAUGAAAACUAAGAAUUACCAAAACAUUGAGGCAUUUUUAAGGAAUCAUGGAUCCCAUUCUCCUAAGAGAUAUAGUUAUUCAGAUAUUAAGAAAAUGACCAAUUCGUUCAGACACAAAAUUGGCCAAGGAGGAUAUGGAGGUGUUUACAAAGGUAGGCUACUUGAUGGUCGCGAUGUAGCGGUGAAGAAUUUAAUUGAUUCCAAAGGUAAUGGUGAAGAAUUUAUAAAUGAGGUUGCUAGCAUUAGUAAGACUUCCCAUGUCAACAUUGUCACUCUUUUAGGUUUUUGUUUUGAGGGUCGUACAAGAGCUCUCAUCUACGAGUAUAUGUCCAAUGGAUCUCUUGAGAAGUUCAUACACGAAAAAGAUCAAUCCCAAACAAAUCAUUCAUUGAAGUGGGAAACAUUUUACCAGAUUGCAAUAGGCAUAGCUCGAGGAUUAGAAUACUUGCACCGUGGUUGUAGCACACGAAUUUUGCAUUUUGACAUAAAGCCUCAUAACAUUCUCUUAGAUGAAGAUUUUUGUCCGAAGAUCUCUGAUUUUGGUCUUGCAAAAAUUUGCCCCAAGAAAGAGAGUAUUGUAUCAAUGACAGGUGCACGAGGGACAAUUGGUUAUAUUGCUCCAGAAGUAUUUUCUAGACACUUUGGAGUAGUCUCUCAUAAGUCAGAUGUUUACAGCUAUGGAAUGAUGGUUAUAGAAAUGACAGGGGGAAGACAAAAUAACAAUGUUGGAGUUGAUAAUAGUAGUGAAAUAUAUUUUCCGCAAUGGAUUUAUGAACGUCUUGAAGUGGGUGAAGAACUUGGACUGCAAGGCAUUUCAAAUGAAGAAGAUAAAGAAUGUGUAAGGAAGAUGAUUAUAGUGAGCCUGUGGUGCAUACAGACUAAUCCUUCAGACCGGCCAACAAUGAGUAGAGUAGUGGAGAUGUUGGAAGGGAGCAUCAAUUCCUUGCAAAUUCCACCCAAGCCUUUCCUAUCUUCAUCAGGAUCAGCCCCAAGAGAUUCUUCAAUUAGCCUACUAAGUUAAGUAGUUCCUAAAAAUGAUGUAUUAAUCAACUUGCAUAACUUCAUACUGAGAAGUGUGAUUUCAGAUGUAUUGGUACAUUUUCAAAUUUAUAUAUUAUUAAUAACUCUGCUUUUUAA